CAGAUUCUAAUAGCAACCCCACGACUGAUGGUACAUAUAAUGACCACAUCUUUCACGAAAUAUGAGUCCUAGUCUGUCUCAGCUGCGGUCUCAACAUGGCGAAACUAACAAUUUUUAGCUGCUUUCUCCUCCUGGCCUGCACAAGCCAGGCAUUGCCUCCACCUAAAUUACAAUUAUCCCUUGCUAAGGGAGACAGUAAUAUAGAUAUUUUGCUAAAUGAUACGUUAAGUCAGAUCGAGAAAGUCACAGAAGGAGCUUUCGGGAACCUAGAUUCUCUCAAAGAAGAAAAUGAAAACGCUGUCAUGGAAAAAAUGCAGAAUGUGCAGUCAACCGUGAAUACAAUACUCAAUGAUGUUGGGAUAACAAUUAACGAACUAAUACAAUUUAUAGAAGCACUAGGCGAUAUUUAUGAUGCCGAGAAGAAUAAUACUGUAAACUCAUCCGUCUCCGAAGAUAAUGAAGCCUCCAAGGUUUCCCAGGACGAAGCCCCUGAGGUUUCAGAAGACGAGGACGUAGAAGCUACAGAGCCAUCGGUUUCCGAAGACGAAGCCCCUGAGGUUUCUAAAGACGAAGCCCCUGAGGUUUCCGAAGACGAAGCCCCUGAGGUUUCUAAAGACGAAGCCCCUGAGGUUUCUAAAGACGAGGACGUAGAUGCUACAGAGCCAUCCGUUUCCGAAGACAAUAAAGCCUCCGAAAUUUCCCAAGACCAGGACGUAGGUGCUGCAAAGUCAUGCGGCACUGAAAGCAAUGAAGACUCCGCGGUUUCUGAGGACGAGGACCUAGAUACUGCAGAAUCUUCGAAUAUAAUGAAGCCUUCAAUCGUUCCGUGGCCGUAUACGCUGGUGUAUUAUCCGGUUCCAGUGGUUCCAUGGCCGUAUAUGUUGCAGCAAUAUCCACCUCCAAGUGAAAUGAAGGCUCCAUCGUACCCAUGGCAGUACGUGCAACCGCUUUCCCCACCUCAGGGAAAAAUGGAUCCUCCAAGUUUGCUCAAGACGGAGUCGCCUUGAAUACAAAGUCUAUCGUGUAAUGACCCAUCGGAUCUAUUAGAUAUAUUCGAUUUCGGACGCUGGUAAGUCGCAGGGUCUCCUGUGGCCAAUCUUUUCGCCCAUUGUCUCCCCGCUCCCAGGAUCCUUCAUCCCAUAAGUACUUUGAAGAAUCAAUUCUUGAAACUUACAAAUUGACGACCUGCAGUUACUGCCUUCACAAGUGCACUACAGCCAGUUUCCUGCAUUCCAUAACUAGCACCCGCUAAUUAUGUGUCUCCAUCCCCAGUCCUUUGAUUGUUUCCCAGCCCUAUGCAGAUUCUCUUCUUUUUUUUGUUUAAGCAGCUCUAAUUCAACAGCCGGCUACACGUAUCUAUUGUUAUUGAACUUAAAUUGGGUCGUCAAGGAUGAAAUUUGUAGUUAUCAACCAACUUUGCCUUUUUUUCUACAAAUUUCAUCCUUGACGACCUAAUACAUAUCCUUUGUUCUGGUUCGACCUUCUAAGUGUUUCAUCGAUCUGGUAGAUAUUAAUGGGUUAUGGGCAUGUCAUCGCACGUCACUUCCUCCAUUCCAAUAUAUUCCCAGUUAUGAAAAGAACUACGAAUGGAACGUACGUUUUCACAUGCGUCUGUUUUCUCUCUGGCCUGGAUACUUCUCGGUUCCUCGCUCAGAUCACUUUCUUGUCUUACAAUUGAUUUUGACCCAUCGUGAAACACUGAAAUACUCUCUGUAGGACUUGCUCGCUCACUAAUAGAGUAGCUGGCGUAAUUUUCAUUCUUGUCAGACAACUGGAAUUCGAGCGAAACCUAAUCCAACCUAACCCAUCCUAUAACACGGGAAGCCUGGAUCUUCGGCGAAAUAUCUGUGAACAUUUUUAUUCGGAAAAAUCUCAGAAUAAACAGUUCUCAGCGUAAAAAUAUAUUUUAAAAAAUCUCUCUUGCAAACAUAACCAGUAAAUCAGCAAAGCACAUCUAUUACUCGGCCACAUAAAAAACUAUCAAAAUUGUAUUUGAACAUGUUCAUUUUCCAAUACUGAUACGGAUAAAUAAACGAAAAAUUCAAUGAACUGAAA